CACUUUCCAAAACCCUUUUGCUUCAGCGGCUCAGCCACAGAGAGAGAAGAGCGCUGAAUCGGGCCAAUUGAAGAUGGUGCAAAGGCUCACUUAUCGCAAGCGUCACAGCUAUGCCACCAAGUCCAACCAGCACCGGGUCGUCAAAACCCCUGGUGGAAAGCUAGUGUAUCAGAGCACAAAGAAAAGAGCAAGUGGACCUAAGUGUCCUGUUACUGGCAAGAGAAUCCAAGGGAUUCCUCACUUGAGACCUGCCGAAUACAAGAGGUCUAGAUUAUCUAGAAACCGAAGGACUGUGAACCGUGCUUAUGGUGGAGUGUUGUCUGGGGGUGCUGUAAGGGAAAGGAUCGUUAGAGCCUUUUUGGUGGAAGAACAAAAAAUUGUGAAGAAGGUCUUGAAGAUUCAGAAGGCCAAAGAAAAGCAAGCUGCCAAGAGCUGAGGUGAGAAUUGUGUAUCCAUACAGCUGGCGAGAAGGAAACAUUGAAAUGUAAUGUGGGAGGAUUUCAAGCUUAGUUUUGUAUUUUCUUGCGUUUUUUCAACUGUGACUUUUAGUGCUUUCACUUUGUCGACAAGCUCAUUGUGCUAGGAUUUUGUUUUCCUAUUGGUAUCUUUAACUUAAUUUUGGAUUCCAUGUAAUCUUUUUCUUUUAGUGAAGUUUAAUCUGAUUCUAUUUACUCUCCUUUUCUCUUUGGUACGUCCUAAGAUAUGAAAAGAUUUAUCAGUUGCUA